UAGACAAGUAAUUGUUUACUAGCGCGUUAAAUAUAGUUCAUAUCUCCUUCCCCUUUCUCACUGACCAAAGACAAGAAGCUAGUGUACAUAUUGUAUAUUCUCCAACAAAACAAAACAAAGACUCAGCAAUCUUCAAUUUUCUUCAAUAAUUUCUUUUCUCCUUUACUUAUUCUCAUAUCUCUCGCAUACCCAUUAAAGUUCACCCCUUUGUUUUAUCUGGGUCUCUUCUAUUUUUCUCUCAAAGCCAUUACUUUGUCUUCAAUCUUCCUGUAUUAUUACUGAGUCAACUCGGCCAUUAACCCAAAACUCGUCUAAAAAUCUUAUCUUUUCACCUGGGCACCUCUCAAUUGUGUCAAGAAAGUUGAUUCUGGUGUGAAUUUUGAGAAAUUGAGGUGAUCAUUCAUAUGGGUCCAUCUGAUGAGGCAAAGGGUGUGGUAGUGAGUCAACUCGUUGAAGCAAUUAAAGAUAUUUCUGCUUUGCCUGAGUGCAAAAAUGCUUCCAAGAAGAUUUGUAGUAAUUUAGUCAGGAGAAUUAAGCUGCUUAGCCCCCUUUUUGAUGAGAUUUAUGAUAGGUAUGACGAGCUUAAUGAUAAUGAACUUGAAGGGCUGCAAGCACUUAAAGUUUGUUUUGAUACAGUAAAGGAGUUCAUCAAAUCUAUUAAUGAGGGAAGCAAGAUCUUGCAGGCUCUGCAAAUUGACAAGAUUGCGGGAAAGUUCCAUGAAUUAACUGUACAGAUCGAAGAAACAUUAAGUCAGAUUCCUUAUAAUCUUCUAAAUAUAUCUGAGGAAGUUCGGGAACAGACUGAACUCGUUCAUGCCCAAUUUACUAGAGCAAAAGUGAGAAUGGACUCACCUGACCCACAACUUCAAUUGGAUUUGGCCAUCGCGCAGAAGGAAAAAGAUCCUGAUCAUGCAGUUAUGAAAAGGCUUUCAGAAAUGCUGCAUCUCAGGACUGUAAAUGAUCUAAAAAAAGAGUCGCUGUCUAUCCAUGAUAUGGUUAUAUCAAGUGGUGCAGUUUCGGAUGACUUAUUUGAGACCAUGUCAUGUCUCCUGAAGAAGUUAAAGGACUAUAUAGUGAUGGUAAAUCCUGAAGUCAGUAUGUAUGAGGGUGAAAAGACCGUGAUCAGGCACAGGUCUCCUGUUAUCCCUGAUGAUUUCCGGUGUCCAAUAUCACUUGAGUUGAUGAAAGAUCCGGUGAUUGUCUCUACAGGACAGACAUAUGAAAGAUCCUGCAUUCAAAAAUGGCUGGAUGCAGGGCACAAGACAUGUCCAAAGACACAACAAACUCUUUUGCACACAGCUUUGACACCCAACUAUGUUUUGAAGAGUCUAAUUGCACUGUGGUGUGAGAGCAAUGGUGUUGAGCUCCCAAAGAAACAAGCAGGUUGUAGAAACAAAAAACCGGGAAGUAGCAGCUCAGACACUGAUCGAGCAGCUAUUGAUACCUUGUUGCAGAAACUUGCAAAUGGGAACUCAGAGCAGCAAAGAGCUGCAGCUGGUGAGCUCCGAUUGUUGGCCAAGAGGAAAGCAGAUAACAGAGUUUGUAUUGCUGAGGCUGGAGCUAUUCCUUUGCUUGUAGAUCUGCUUUCUUCUCCAGAUUCUCGUACCCAAGAGCAUGCAGUUACUGCCCUUUUAAACCUUUCCAUAAAUGAAGCCAACAAAGGAACAAUUUUGAAUGCAGGUGCUAUACCUGAUAUAGUUGAUGUACUUAAAAACGGCAGCAUGGAAGCCAGAGAAAAUGCUGCAGCAACCCUUUUCAGCUUAUCAGUUGUAGACGAAAACAAGGUCGCAAUAGGAGCAGCAGGUGCUAUCCCGGCUCUUAUUGAUUUGCUUUGUCAAGGGACUCCAAGAGGGAAGAAGGAUGCAGCCACAGCUAUAUUUAACCUCUCAAUUUAUCAAGGAAAUAAGGUGAGAGCUGUACGAGCAGGAAUUGUACCACCACUUAUGAGAUUGCUCAAAGAUGCUGGGGGAGGAAUGGUAGAUGAGGCAUUAGCAAUAUUAGCAAUACUUGCAAGCCAUCAAGAGGGGAAAGUGGCAAUUGGUCAAGCUGCACCAAUGCCAGUUUUGGUAGAGGUGAUACGAACUGGCUCACCAAGGAACCGGGAAAAUGCAGCAGCUGUAUUAUGGUCCUUGUGUGCAGGUGAUGUAAAUUACUUGCAGCUAGCGAAAGGGCUUGGAGCCGAAGAAGUGCUGAAGGAACUAUCAGAAAAUGGAACUGACAGAGCAAAAAGAAAAGCAGGAAGUGUCCUAGAACUUAUGCAACGAAUUGAACCAGGUGUGGUUCCACAAGUUUGAGGCUGGAUGCCUUUAGUAGUUACUUCAAGUAAGGUGAUUAUAGCGGAAUUUGUGUUCAGUACAAAGGUUUUGACGAACAUGGAAGUAGUUUAUAAUGGAACUGGUGUUUGGAACUGGCAUCGGCCAUUUGUUGGUCAAUAUGAGGAUUUGAUUGUAGAAGGUGGUAUUUUCCUGAUCCCAGUAGCAUGUUACCAUAAUUAUGUAGCUUGUAAGUUUUAAAGGACUGUUGCUUGCAUUGAAAUCAUUUUUAUUAGCAGUUUGUUAUAUAUAAUCUCUGUAACUUAUUUAUGA